AUGGGUUGCGCGGCGAGCAAGCGGUGCGCAGAGCUGCGGGAGGAGUCGGCAGUGCUGAGGAGCAAAGUCCACGCCCUGGAGGAGGAGGUGAGGAGGGAGAGGCGCGAGAGGGCGGCCAAGGAGGGGGCAUGGCGGCGGGAGCGGCGGCGGCAGGAGGGGGAGAUGGCGGCGUUGAGGAAGAAGCUAGGCGCGGAGGAGAGGCGCCGGCGGGAGCUCGAGGACGAGAGCGCGGCGGCGGCGGCGGGGGGCGGCGGCGGCGGUGACGGGCUGAGCAAGGAGGAGUUACGGGUGCUGAGUGCUUGCCGGUUGGUGGAGCAGAUGAAGACGGAGCAGGAGAGGAGGGAGCAGGCCGUGGAGAAGUGGAAGCAGCUGUACCUCGCCAUCAAGGCCGAGCUCGACGCGCUCAUACUCCGGACCAAGGAAGGUGACGCCGCCAUCUCUCUCACUCGCCUCCGUAGCUAGCUGUAGAUAUGGAGCCUUCCCUUUCCUCUUCUCCUCCUCCUUCCUCCUCACGCCCUCCCACAGACCGGAGAUCCUUCACGUCCAUGGCUUCAACAGUGUCUGCUUUGCUUCUUCGCGUAGUCCUUCCGAUUCCGUCGAGCUCUUCCCAGAACCGGAACCUCUAUUUUUCCGCUUCGAGCCAAAAUUCCGGAACGAUCCUAGGCUUCAAGAUUUCAUCUUUCCCAAUCAAAACUCUUCCCCUUUUCGUCGAUCGGGCAUUCGAGAGGAGAGUUUUGGCGAGGAUAUACAGUUUGCUUUGGAGCUCAUUGGAAGGUUUUAAAGAAAUGUUACCGCAUAUAAUCAUGAACAGGUUUCAGGUGAAAUCGAACCAUCACGUCCGAUUUUCUUGCGGGGAAAACGACGCGCUGUCUAAUCAAGAACUACGUUGUUUUCCCGAGAUAUCCACUCGAAAAUGCUCUUGAUAGCCGGGAUUUCUUCGCCUCCCUCCUCUUCCCCUUUCGUUCAGAUCUUCGUCGUCAUCUUUUCUCAGAGUGACGGUAUCCGCCGGAAUUCUUCAAACGAUGGUUCGUCUUUGGCUAUUAUUCACCGGGGGAAGUCUUAUUAUUUUAUUAUCUCCGAGAUCAGCUAAUAGCAUGAUAGGGUCUCCUUCGAUCGCACCUUCCCCCGCCGGCGAUUAUCGCCGCCGUAUGGAUCACUGCAGCGCACGUGGGAGGCCGUCGCCAUCUCCCCGUCGUCCCCUCCCCCAUGCAAGAAGGAGGAAGGCAUCCGUCUCCGUCCUGCAACAGUCAAAUCCUCUCUGCCUGCCCAAUUAUUCUGCCGCUAGCCCUUCCUUUCUCGGGGGGGAGAUCCCACAACAAGAGGAACCCUCCGAACCGGCCAUCUUGUCCUCUCUCCUCGGCGACGUUAAUGCCCAUGUGCCCGCCCUACCAACCUAGAGUGUGUGUGUGAGAGAGAGAGAGGGAGAUGUGACGUAAUUUUUCUUCUUUUGUGCGUGCAGGAGAGAGAUUAUGGGUGGCGGCGGAGGACGACGCGGCGGAGCGGCUGAGGGGGGAGGUGGAGGUCAAGGAGGCGGCCAUGGGGGAGCUGAGAGAGCGACUAGCGGCCGCGGAGGCGGAGGGAACAAAGAAAGAGAGGGAGAUCGACAUUCUCCGGCAGAGCCUCCGGAUCUUGACGAGCAGCAGCAAGAAGAGGAGCCGCCUCAGAAGGAUCCCCCCUGUCAGGAGUCUGCGCCCCUGA